UCGACUACUAUGGAGGAAUGUGGCGUAACACCGUUUCGCUUAAACGCGCACGUUUAGAAACCGGUCAAGUAUUAUGCAAAUUCGUCCAUCGCUAUUUGUUAUUAAUUAUUAUUGUUUUUAAUUGUGUUUGUGUCGUGCUGAUCUGUGGGGCCUUGAUAAUGAAAGUUAUUUAUACGUUUGUGCAACAGUUGAAAUGAAAGCGCCGCGCAGCUCCCGUAUCUGAGGGGGAAAAAACGGACCCCCUUAUCUUAUCGGGCGCGAUAGGUGAAUUCCGAGUGCGACGUGUAAAUAAAAAAGUCAUGUCGUGCGGAAGGUUGGCAGCGAUCGACUGGGAGGAAAAUUAGUGCCCUUUUUGGGAGGUGGUACCGUUUUCGUUAGCGGACGAGCCCAUGGCGCCGCAAAAACGCAUAGAAACCGUUUCGCUUGCGGUCGACUCGCUUUACCACAAUGGCGGCGUCGAUCCCAAGGUGCACAGGACCGGCUUGAGCCCGCAGCGUUGGCGAAACUCGGCCCAGUCCAUCAAAUCGCAAAGUUCUCUGCGCACCGUUCCCGAAGAGGAGGACGGGGCGGAAACGGGCGUACCGACAGAGAAAAACGGAGGUGGGGUUCGAACGAGUUUUGCAAAAAAUGUGUCCUCACGAACUAGUAGUGUGACGUCACUGACCAAGGGGAUCAGGGCCUAUGAUAACGGUGCCCUCGAUGAGAAGACGAUUCAAUUUGAGAGAGGCUAUAAUGAUAGCACCAGAUCAUCGGUCCAUGAAAGUGUUGCCAGUUUACAGGUACAACGCGAGCAAUACUGUUGCUGCGUGAGAUGGACGAUGUUCGAAAGAAGGCUGGCGAUAUGCGUCGGCAUUUUGGCGGGAACGAUUUUUGGACUAGCGAUAGCAGUCGGUCUUUUGGCCGGCGAUCAUGGCGUGGACGAGAAGUUUGUUUGGAAGCCUUAGCUUUUUUUUGGACGAUUGAUAAAUGGUGUUGUCGUUGACAUUUGACCUUCAUUGGCAUUGGUGGAUAUUUUUAUAAAGGCGAUCGUUGAGCCUGGCACAGUUGAUUUUGUACCAGUGCAAAAAUGACAGACCUGCGGCUCCUGCUGGUCUUCGUGACUACAUUAGCAUAUGUGAUAGGCGCACCCACCUCUAUUGAAGCUGAGGCAUGCGGUUAUAAGUCGUGCCACCCAAUUAAAGACGGAUUUGUGAACGUCCACAUAGUCGCUCACACCCAUGACGAUGUUGGUUGGCUGAAGACGGUCGAUCAGUACUACUACGGAAGUAAAACAAGAAUUCAACAUGCCGGAGUGCAGUACAUACUCGACUCGGUCCUUUCCGCCCUCCAGCGGGAUCCCAAGCGAAGAUUCAUCUACGUCGAAACCGCCUUCCUGUGGAAGUGGUGGAAGCAUCAGCACGACACCGUGAAGCAUCAAUUCCGAAAGCUGAUCCGAAACGGCCAGCUCGAACUGAUCGGGGGCGCGUGGAGCAUGAACGACGAGGCCACAACCCACUAUCAUUCGAUCAUCGACCAGUUCACCUGGGGACUAAGAAAGCUAAACGAGACCUUCGGCUACUGCGGCCGGCCUAAAAUCGGCUGGCAGAUUGACCCUUUCGGGCACAGUCGCGAAAUGGCGUCGAUCUUCGCCCAGUUGGGUUUCGACGGCCUCUUUCUCGGUCGAAUCGAUUACCAAGACAAGAAGGUGCGUUUCGGGACGCGCACGCCCGAAAUGAUCUGGAAGGCCAGUCAAAAUUUAGGCAACAGCUCCUUAUUUACAAGUGUCAUGUACAACACCUACUCGCCUCCUCCGGGCUUCUGCUUUGACGUUUUAUGCGAGGACGACCCGAUCAUCGACGACAAGAGAAGUCCUGAGUAUAACGCCCCCAAGCGGGUCCAACAGUUCCUGGAUUACGUAAAGAACAUGACUAAAGUCUACACGACUAACAACGUCCUCGUGACGAUGGGCGAAGAUUUCACCUACCAGGACGCACACGUCUGGUUCAAAAACAUCGAUAAGCUAAUGCUGCACGCCAAUCAACUUCAAGCAAACGGCUCGAAGUACAACCUGAUUUACUCGACGCCGUCCUGCUACCUGAAGGCGGUGCACGAGGAGUCCAAGAAACGCAACUUGCAGUACCCGACCAAAACCGACGACUUCUUCCCGUACGGCUCCGACUCGCACGCCUUCUGGACCGGCUACUUCACCUCCAAGCCGACGAUCAAGCGAUUCGAGAGGCUAGGCAACAACUUCCUGCAGGUGUGCAAGCAGCUGUACGCCUUAACGGAUUUGGGUCCGGAAGACUGGGCCGAUUUAAACGUGAUGAGGGAGGCGAUGGGAGUGAUGCAGCACCACGACGCGGUCACGGGAACGGAGAAGGAGCACGUGGCGCACGAUUACGCCCGAAUUCUGUCGCGCGGUUUCGACGAGUGCCAAUUCACCUCCGCUACCGCUUUGAGCAAAAUCAUUGAUAAAGCGGGUAUCAAAAGUGACCCCAACCCUUCACCUUCCAUCCCGUUCGAAUCCUGCUUGCUGAGCAACAUGAGUCAGUGCGCGCUGACGGAAAACAACCCCAAAUUCCUCGCCACAAUUUACAACCCACUAAGCAGACCGGUGAAUCACUACGUCCGACUGCCAGUUCCGAAUGGUACCUACAAGGUGACCGAUGGCCAAGGAAAGGAGCUUACCGUGCAAGCAAUUCCAAUACCAGAAACAAUCGCCAACAUUCCCGGAAGGUACAGCAAGGCGACUCAAGAGAUCAUCUUCCUCGCCGAGUCCCUGCCCCCUCUAGGCUUCAAGUCGUACUACGUCGCCAAGACCUCCUCGGAGAUGGCUUCCGUAACGGAGGAAUCCGUCCAGCCGGUGCAACUAUCUCUCGACGAAAACUCGGGGCUGCUCUCCGACAUCAACUUCAGCGGUAACAAAAUUCAGGUGACCCAAAACUUUUACUUCUACCAAGGAGCGGUGGGCAACAACGAGGUCGCCGAGAACCGAUCAUCGGGCGCUUACAUUUUCAGACCGAACGGUACCGUACCGUUCACAAUCUCGAAGAAGGUCGUUAAUAAGAAGUACAACGGCAAGCUCGUCAACGAGAUCCAUCAGGUGUUCAACGAGUGGACGAGCCAAAUAAUUCGAACGUACAACCAGGAGAAUUUCGUGGAGUUCGACUGGUUAAUCGGGCCGAUACCGAGAGGGAACGUGAACGGCGUCGAGGUGAUCUCGCGCUAUUCGACGAAUCUCAAAUCGGAAUCGACCUUCUACACGGAUUCGAACGGAAGGGAGCUACUGAAGAGGGUGAGAAACUUCAGGCCGACGUGGAGGGUGAACAUGACCGAGCCGGUCGCGAGCAACUACUAUCCGGUUACGUCGAAGAUACUCAUACGCGAUCCGAACGAGGACCUGGAGGUCGCCGUGUUGACCGAUCGAGCGCAAGGCGGCACCAGCUUGAACGACGGAGAAAUCGAGCUGAUGGUGCAUCGAAAUUGCCUGCACGAUGACGCCUUUGGAGUGGGCGAGUCCUUGGACGAGAUGGCCUUCGGUAAACGACUGGUCGCGAGAGGCACGCACUACGUCAUCGGCGGUUCAUACAUCAAACCCGCAAAAGGCGGCAAAAGCCUAGCUGCCCAAGAACGAGAUCUCGCGCAAAGGAAGCUGCUACAAGCCUGGACGUUUGUGGCACCGACGAACGGGUUAAGCUACCAGGAGUACUCCUCGAAGUACGUCAUGGAGUACUCGGGACUUCAGCGGGCCUUACCAGACAACGUGCAAAUCCUCACCUUGGAGCCGUGGUACGGAAUGAACUUCCUUUUGCGAUUGGAGCACUACUUGGAGAAGAACGAGGAUCCAAUUCUCUCACAGCCCGUCACCGUCAAUCUUAAGGACUUGUUCUCCGCCUUCGAAAUUCUCUCCUACCGGGAAACAACACUAGGCGCGAAUCAGUGGCUGGACGAGAACCACCACCGGCUGUCGUUUAAUGAAAGUAAAACCGCCGAAGACCUAGUGCAUCGGCACGAGAACGACCCGCUGUGGACGGAGGGUGUCAAACGGUGGUUGCGCGACCAAACCGACGGCAACGGCGUCAAUGACUACAACCGAGAGAGCCACCAGAAGAAGUUUGGUUCCCCUGGAAACUUUAUGGUCACGUUAAACCCCAUGGAGAUUCGAACCUUUGUGAUCGAUGUCAAGAUGCUGAAAGUCAACAACCUUUGAUCCAUUUUUCUGUUUAAGUGUAUAUAGUAUGUAGGUACUGAAUAAAGGGUGUUUAUGCAAAACUACCCAGAUGAA